UCCACCAACAGUCUACGUUAAGGCUAGAGGAAAUAACAGUCGGAACAGGAUUUUGUUUUAAUAAUGAAUGCAUCACAUGAAAUUCAAAGGGCAUGUUAGCAGAAAGCACCACAUUUGGACGUUUUAAUGCGAAAAAGGAUGCACAAGCUGUAUUGAUUUGCUGCAUCGGUCAAAGGAGCUGUCCACCAUGAGGUGCUGAAGCGGCGGCCUUGGAACACGAUGGCAACGGGGAAGUGGCUUUUGUACACGGGUCUCUGUCUGUCUCUCGUCGCCUUGUGUUUCCUGACAGUCGCAAUCUCAUCGGAUCACUGGUACGAGACGGACGCGAGAAGAUACAAGGAGCGCUGCAGCACUUUCUCGAACCGCAGGAGCGACCCAGGUUUCAUUUACAUCCCCAACCACAGCCUUCCACUGCGAGCCAGCCGGGAGAACCGACUGCUGCUGUCUAGAAACCGGCGACAGCUGUUCGCGAUGAGCGCGGCGGAUGAGUGCAGCAGACGCUACAAUUCCACCAACAUGGGGCUGUGGAGCAAAUGCUAUAGACGGGGAUUUGACCCAGACAUCGAAGAGCUCGUUCAGAAAGGAAAAAUUGAGCGUUGUUCAUUUAUUAGGUACUAUUACUCAUCCUCUGUAGCUGUGCGAAAGGAUCUUUUCUACAACAUCACCAAGACCAUUCAACAAGAUGACUGGCAUGCUUUGCAUUUGCGUAGGAUGACAGCUGGCUUCAUGGGUAUGGCUAUAUCCAUCAUACUUUUUGGCUGGACCAUUGGUGUAUUGGGCUGUUGCUGGGAGCAAGGCCUCAUGCAUUAUGUUGCUGGUCUCCUUUUCCUUAUGGGAGGUACCUUCUGCAUCAUCUCGCUUUGCACCUGCGUGGCUGGCAUCAACUUCGAACUAUCUCGCUACCCACGUUAUCUGUUUGGCCUUCCAGAUGAUAUAAGCCAUGGUUAUGGCUGGUCCAUGUUCAGUGCCUGGGGAGGGCUGGGACUAACCCUGAUAGCUGGGUUCUUCUGCACCCUUGCACCAUCGAUUCAGCCUCUACCACCAACCCGUACCUCCUGUCCCAAGUCUCGCAUGGAGAAUGGAACAGUGUGCUAAAGCUUUGAAUAUCUGGACACUUGGUACAUUAGCAUUAACUGCUGUUCAUAGACUUUUCAUGGAAAGGAAAAGCAUUGAGUCUGAUGAAAGACUUGGAAGGACAUACUUUGUGCUAGAAGGUGACAAGCCUUGGCUGUUGGGUAUUUUCACUUUUGGAUGGAUCUCUGAUAUACAGUUGAAGUCAGAAGUUUACAUACACAUUAGCCAAAUAUAUUUGAACUCAGUUUUUCACAAUUCCUGACAUUUAAUCAUAGGAAACAUUCCAUCUUAGGUCAGUUAUGAUCACUACAUUAAGAAUGUGAGAUUAAUAGUAGAGAGAAAAAAGGUGAGGCUUGCAAGCCAAAGGACACAAUCCCAACUGUAAAGCAUGGGGUGACAGCAUCAUGUUGUGGGGUACUUUGCUGCAGGAGGGACUGGUGCACUUUACAAAAUAGAUGGCAUCAUGAGGAAGGAAAAUGAUGUGGAUAUAUUGAAGCAACAUCUCAAGACAACAGCCAGGAAGUUAAAGCUCAGUCGCAAAUGGAUCUUCCAAAUGGACAAUGACACAAGCAUACCUCCAAAGUUGUGGCAAAAUGGCUUAAGGACAACAAAGUCAAGGUAUUGGAAUGGCCAUCACAAAGCCCUGACCUCAAUCCGAUUUUGUGGGCAAAACUGAAAAAGUGUGUGUGAGCAAGGAGGCUUACAAACCUGACUCAGUUACACCAGUUUUGUAUGAAUGGGCCAAAAUUCAUGCAACUUAUUGUGAGAUGCUUGUGGAAGGCUACCCAAAACAAUAAUAAUUAAACAAUUUAAAGGCAAUGCACCAAAUUCUAACAAAGUGUAUGUAAACUUCUGACCCACUGGGUACAUGAUAAAAGAAAUAAAAGCUGAAAUAAAUAAUUCUAUCUACUAUUAUUCUGGCAUUUCUGGCAACCUUAGUUGAAAUGCUAAGGUGUAUGUAAACUUCUGACUUCAACUGUAAAAGCACACUUGUACAGUUGUAUUAAAGUGGUGUUCGACUCUGUGUUCUGUAGCCCCUUUAUUCCUCGAGUGUGUUAGAAUUUCAAGACAAAUUCACACUUUCAAAAACUUUUAAUGUAAAUAUUUACUAUAAAUUUCAUUAC